UUUUGUUGUCUUAUUGUUCAUUCAGAUUUCUUCUUCCUACAGGCUUGACUACUCGACAGCUCGUGAGCACUUGCGUGAGCAUCAUGAAUUUUCUUAACUUGAGAAACAUGGCGAUCUUUACUUGCCUGAUUUUCCUUCAGCUGUCCAUCACCGACGCCAAUCCGAUCCUUUCAUCCAAGUUUGCAACAAUGGGCAAUCGCCAGUUAGGGCGGAAGCUUGUCAACUUUCAGCGCUUCAUCCGCAGCCAUGCAAAUUUGACAGAAGAUAACCAGAUAGUUGAUGUUGAAGCUACUAGUGAGCCUUUUGUGGCAACAACUGAAGACUUGGCCCCGAAAGACGACACUUUCGAUAGUACUGAGUCAUCCCCAAUCCAAAGUCCGUUCAGUUUUGUCAUUUCAACUGCAUCUGAUCCGUCGGAAGAGCUUCCGUCGCUUCCGCUGGAUGCCAACUUUCUGCAGGAUACAACUGAAAACAUUACUCCCGUGUCUGACAUUCAAGAUGUUUCCAUUAUGCCAGUCGUCGACAUCACCGAGUCUAUCGCCAAGGAAUUGGAAGAUCUUUCUGUCAAUCCUGAGGACGGAUCACAGCCUUCACCAACGGACUUUCUGAUAAAUCCUCAAGGUUCGAUUGAGGAAAUGGAAAUCCAGUCACGAUCUGUUGCAUCAACAUCUUAUUCAGUAGAUCCUCCUCAAUCUUAUUUACACGCCUCUGUUACGACAGCUUCACCAGAUUUACUGUUUACCGUUGCUCCGGCGGAUGCCUCAACGGAAAUUUCCAACAAAGAGUCCACCAAUAAGACAGAGUAUUCCUCCUUCACUUCCAACGAAGAAGAAGAACAAGAAAACAUUUCUAACGUUGUGAUGACGCAUCUGUCUGAAAAAUCAACAGAUUACCAUGAAUCCAAUUCGAACGAGGAAGAAUAUCCCGUGGUAGUUCCCGCAAUAGUAAUAACCAAGCUUUUAACAAACAUUGCAGAGAAUCCCUCGACGACGGAAGCACCUCAAUCCACUUCUACCGAGCCUUCCAAUCUACCCGAUUUCCCUAUUUUCUAUCCAGGGUUACGUAUUGCAACCACUCCGCAAACUCCUGAGAAAGUAGAUCCUUUUCCAUUGAACCCGAGCUGGUCAAUGAAGAUGAACGAUAUUUUUUCGACUGAUCAACAACUACAAUCUGGACUUGAAAAUAAGAUGCAACCCCAGUAUCACCCCAGGGAUGUGCUGCCACAGUUCAAGCCCAAUCAGCAUUUGUAUCCUGAUGUUCCUAAUUCGUACUACACGUUCCAACCCAAUCAACCUAAAUUUCGCCAGGUCGGCUCUAUCGAUCCUCCGCGUGCUCCUUAUCCUCACCCGCAAGGAAACGGCAACCCUUUUUAUUACCGUCCGUUCGAAUCGGCUCUUCCCAAACCGAGGAGGUUGGUCUUCCCUCCGAUAUCCAACACGCGUGAAAAUUUUCGCUUUCAUGUCAAUUGGGCGGACGAACUGAUGGGUCGAUCUAAUUGGGCUUAAUUUUAAUUUGAAUGUCUUGUGAUUGUCUGUUGCUGACGACUGCUGUGCUUUCGUUAGCCUCGAGUUGCAAUUUUUUAAAUUCCUAGCUU